UUUCUUCUCACAGUCCAAUUUCUCGUCGUGCAUCUCACAUAAAAAGCUCCAAGGUUCAACUGCUACAAGGUUCACUUGGAGAGGCAGAGGAGGGGGACUUUUCUUUUCCACUGCCAGACUCACGUGGAUCGCUGAACAUCUCAUAAUGGAUUGGAAAAGACCUCUACUUUGCCGUGUUGCAUGGUCGGUUUUGCUCUGCUUUGCUCUGGUUUGUCCGUCUGCUCAGAUACAUCCAAAGUGUUGGCGUGACAGACACACUCAGAAGACACGGAGCACAAAAAAGUUCUGCAAUCCCUCCUUCAGCAACCAAACAGCAGGUGCUGUUACUCAGAAGUGCGGCUCUGGCUCCUACAGGGAGUGGACCGGGCCGUCCAGGGGCCAGUGUGUGCCGUGUGGCUGCAACGGACUCUCCAAAGAGUGUGAUGAGCAGACGGGGGACUGUGUGAACUGUCAGUUCAACGCGGCCGGGGACCGCUGCGAACGGUGCAAAGAGGGUUACUAUGGAAACGUAGGAGACAGGACCUGCCGUGGCUGCCCAUGUCCCUUCACAUGGAACAAUUUUGCCAUGGCCUGUCUGGACAUUGGCUCAGGUGUGGUCGACUGCCUGUGUAAACGUGGUUACAGUGGAUCCAGAUGUGAGAGAUGUGCACAUGGUUACUACGGCAAUCCAUUGGUGCCUGGAGGCAGCUGCGAACCCUGCAACAGGGGGGAUCGCAUCGUCAACCUAUGUGAUACUGUAACUGGAGACUGUGAUGGGUGCACUUUUUCUCUACUGGUUGACUCUGAGAAACUGGACGACGGUCUGACUCGGCUGAAGCAGCAGCUGUGGAACAUCAGUCUUGACUCGGGUUCACACUCAAUGCUGAACAACCUGGAGGCUAACACCUCCGACGCCAAGCUUCAGGUUGGGAGCCACAGCUCUGCUGUGAGACACCUGGGCCCAAAGCUCGAACAGCAGGAGGCAGAUGUGAACCUUGUCGGGGACGACUUGAGUCAACUGAUUGACGAGAGUCUUCAGUCAGAAUCAGAUCUGGCAAAGGUUUUGCAGAAUGUGAAUGGAACAAAGGUCGAUUAUCUUCUUCCUGAGGCGGAAUCUCUCCUCACAAUGAUACAAGAUUUGAUGAAGUGGCUAUUUGAGUUGAGGCCUGGAGGAUCCAUCACUCUCUCGGAAAGAGUCAGGAUGAUGGAGGAGGCUCAGCACAUCGUGCAGGAAAUGAGGGAGAGAGGCUGCUCUGCUCAGAGAGACAGCGCUGGCAGAGAGCAGGAGGAGGCCCACAGAGCGCUGGACAACAUAACGGUUCAUGCACUGAGUCAGUCUGCGGACUCUUCUCUGAGGGAGAUGGCUGAGCUGCUGUCAUCAGCAGCGGACGGAGUCAACAGGACGCAGAGCCUUAACCGGAAGAGCCGUGUGACUCUACAACAUCUGCAGAUGAAGAGGGAACGGAGCGCACUCCUCCCCGUGUCCGAAACGACUAAAGAUCUGCUGGAAAAUAUUACAGACAUCUUCUUGAUGCUCGAGGAAAUUAAAAAACAAUUUGAGAAUCACGCGGCUCAGCUGGACGGAGCCAGAGGGGAACUCCGCAAGAAGUCUAAUGACAUCUUCCAAACGAAGGCCAGGGUGGAUGUUGUCAACAAGGCCAUGGAGCACGCAGAGCAGUUCAACAGAGCAGCAGCAGAAUUCCAACAAGUACUUCAUAAUGCUAAUUACAGCAACGAACUGCUCAGUGUGCGGAGUAAAGAAGCUCAUAACAGAGUCAUUAAUGCCAUAGAAAAGGCAGAGACGGCAGCAAAUCAGUCCAGAGAGGCUGCUGAUCAAACCUUAAAGCACGUUACGGAGGGAGGUCUGGUCGACGGGGCCGAAGGACUCAAAGAAAAUUCAACCCGUUUGCAAACAGAAGCCCCCCACAUUCAGAGUGACCAUAAGAUGCUUUCACAUGCGGUGAACGGCCACAAAGGCCGUGUGAAGAUGCAAAAGGGGAAAAGUGCAUCGCUGAGGAUGGGCAUCUCGACCGUCACCGGAGACCUCCAAACGAUCAGAGGAGACGACACCAAAGUCCUGAUAGAGUCGGCGAAAACGGCGGCCUCUGCGUCUAACCACACAGUCAGAGAUCUGACGGAGAGACUGAGGAAUAUCAGCCAGGAAGUGGAAGGAAUGACUCUGACCAGUGUCGGUGCGAAUAUGGGCAAUAUGUUAAGCGAUGUGGAAAACACAUUGAAGAAAUUUAAAACAGCCUUCCCUGUGUUGACAACCAACCUCCAACAAGUUGAGGCCCUGAAAAGGAAAGCGCCUCCUAGUGCCAACAUGACAGAAAGCAUCCAGAGAAUCAAGGAUGUGAUAGAGGAGACAAGAAACUUUGUGAACAGGCUCUCCAUUGCCACAACGUUCAAUGGCAAAGGUCACGUUGAGCUUCGUCCUCCGAGGAACCUCGAAGACGUGAAAGCGUUUACAGCUGUCGACCUGCUGCUCAAUCGCCAUCGAAACAAUCCCUACGAGGCCGAUCGCAGACGAAAGCAACGACGGGACAAACACAGAGAUGUCGAUCUCUUUGUUUUCUACUUGGGCAACAAGAAUGCUUCUGGAGACUACAUCGGCAUGGCUAUCAGAGACGGUGUGUUGGUUUGCGUCUACAAGUUGGGUGGAGUUGUCCACGAGGUGGAAACCAGCCAGAUAACGACAACCGCCAGUGUGAACGCCUCCGACUUCGACAGGGUGACCUUUCACAGAGUUUACCAAGAUGCUGAGGUCAACAUCAUAAAGAACUUCACGUCUCAGAGGCCCACCAGGCUCGCUCCUCAUCGCAACCUUCCAAACACCAUGAGCGGCGUCCUCGACCUGGAUCCAGACACUGUUGUUUUCUACGUGGGUGGAUAUCCCGACGACUUUGUGCCUCCGUUGGAGCUGCGUUACUCCGGGUACAGAGGAGCGAUGAAACUCUCCUACAUCAACGACCGUCCUGUUUGCCUGUUCAACUACAAACAUGCAGUCAACAUGGACGCAAAGCAGCCUCACCUUACGAUUCCGGAGGUGUCGGAGGUGUCCGAUUACUACGACGGAACAGGUUACCGCAUGGCCUUCGUAAAGGGGCCGGCCAAGAAGAAGAAGAGAUUCUUCAAAUUUCACACAAACAGCAGAGAGACAGACGCCUUGUUGUUCUACAUUGGAAAUGAAGAGUCUUUUUUCUGUGUGUUUGUGGAGAGAGGCUUCCUGGUGCUUCGGGGACAACAAGCGGGUCGAGAGCUCAGAGCUCGGAGCGCUGAGAGAGUGUCUCUCUCUGACAAACUCUUUACAGUCACUGCAGCGGAGCGAUUUGUUGUCUACUAUGGACGACAGCAAAUCUCCACAGAUCACGUUCAUACAAACUACAUGAGUUAUUACGUCGGGGGUCUACCUGCACAGCUCAGGCAGAGGUAACAGCACAGACGCACGCGGCAUUCCCACCCUCCAGCUCCUCGGAUUGUCCCUCAUUGCACUGGUUUCUGUCCGCCGCGUGUCUCCACA